GCUUGCCCCUGGGAUGCGCAUGCGCAGAGCGGCGACUCACGAAGGUCGGCUGUUGCGGAGAAACGGAUAGAGAAAGAAAACUUGUGAAGGCGGCCGAUUUGUUCACUAAAAUGGCACAUUACAGAGCUUCAGAGUCCAAGCGUGAACAGUUUCGAAGAUACCUGGAGAAGGCCGGGGUUCUUGACAGCCUCACCAACGUUUUGGUCGCGCUUUACGAAGAGACGGAUAAGCCCAACAAUCCUUUGGAAUUCCUCAGGCAUCACCUAGGUGCAGCUGGCCCAGAAGCGACAGACACAGAGCUGCUGCGCCAAGAGGUGGCUGAGCUGCGGCAGAAGUGCGACCGGCUGAUGGAAGAGAACAAAGAGCUUAGGAACAAGCUUUUGCAUUAUGAACCUGCACAAGGAGAUGGAGCACCUGAAUAAGACUACCUCUGUCCAGACCAAAACUUCUUUCCUCACCUUGGAAUAUGACUUUAAAGAAUGGCAACACUGGAAAUGCAAGGGAUUUUGUGUUUAUAGUAAUAUAAAUAGCUGAAGUGUUAAUGUCUCAACAUACUGUAUUUUGUCCUUUUUUUCAAGUGGGAUUUAUAAGUUCAAUACACAUUUGAAGCAAGCAGUUGUUGUGCUCAAGUUAUUUAUAGUAGAGAAUGUGUGAUCAGUAUGAAGUUUAAAAUCAUAAUGGAAUUCAUUGAAGUACAUUUUUCUAACACAUUACAAAUUUUUUUCACAGCUCUUCAUAUUUAAGGGAAAGUUUUAGUGCUUUUUGUUUGUAUUUAUGGAAUGUAGUGGAUUAAGUAUGCUGGAUAGAUCCACAUUUAUGAAA